ACUGAUGGUGCAAAGUUCGUGUAGCAUUUAUAUCUUCAUUUGCAUUCAGCUGCUGAGAAAGAGAGGGAAAUCAGGGGUUCCUUAAGCAUAAUGAGUUCUCUGUUUCUCUGUUUCUUUAUUCUCUUGCCUUCUGUGGCAGCGUUGUGGAGUAAGACAAUUUUCGUCGCACCGAAUGGUAACGACUCGUCGAACUGUAAACAAGAUCAGCCUUGCAAGUCAAUUGACCGCGCUUUCGACGUAGCUUUUAAAGGAAGCGGUGCCAAUUCAACAUUAAUCAAAGUAGAAAGCGGCAAUUACACCUUGGAAAACAGCUCCCACUUCACAAACGUGGAUACCUUCGCUCUUGUUGGCCCUGGGGACGGCAAGGUAAGAAUUACUUGCGAGCCAAAUGUAGGCAUUUCGUUCGUUCUUUGUGAAAAUAUUACUUUCGAAAGAAUACAGCUACAAAGAUGUGGCGGAUGGCGAGAAAGUCCCGUGGGAGCAAACAAUUCGGCUCCUCUAGGACCCAAGGGUAACCGAGGUGUUCUCUUCAGGACCGUAUUGGACUUUCGAUAUUGUAGAAACUUGCGAUUCACCAAUGUUAAUGUAUCAAACUCGCCAGGGGUUGGAAUAAACUUCUUUAAUGUUGGAGGCGUUUUGAACUUAACGAACUGCAUAUUAGUCGACAAUAAAGGGGCAAACUCUAACAAAUCAAACGGGUCGCUGCAAGGAUUACCCUCUAAUAACUCUGAUGUCAUCAAAGAUGGAUAUGUGCUUUCAGGAGGUGGAGUUAUCUUAACUCUCAGCAAGUACGGAGAAUAUGGUUAUAAUGUCAGUCAAAGCAAACACGACUCGUUCCAACACAACAACAGCUACAUCUUCUCGAACUGCACUUUUCUCGGAAAUGAAGCAUUUGGAUGGGAUGUAAGUGAGAAAUACGAUCAAAAGAAGGAUCCCGGUCGAUCAGAAUUUAGCUUAGGUGCAGGUUUGGCGAUCAAUUUUAAAGGCAAUGCCAGCGACUGCCAAAUUCAAAUACAGUUUUGCUCAUUUAUUGGGAAUAAGGCUAUAUGGGGAGGAGCUCUAAACAUCGAAAUCAGAGAUGAGGUGGAAAGGAACCAUUUCAUGAUAAACAGCACUUUAUUUCGUAACAAUUCUGGUACACUAGAAGGCGGAGGAGUUCGGAUUGGCAAUUUACAAACACGGGCUGUAUGGAUUAAUACGUUUAUCUUUGAUAACUGUACAUUCACAAACAACAGAGCCAUUUGGGGUGGUGGUAUGUCAUUGUAUGGAAGUCCUAUUUCGAGUUCUGCCAAGACUCAAGUCAUGGCGAAGUUCAACCUUAGUAUCUGGCGUGACAACCGAGGAACAGUAGGAUCCGCAUUAGCGGUCAUGUUUGAUCAAGAAGACCAGACUGAAUCGGGAACUCCAUUUUCGAUCAGCUUCAAAGACUGCACGUUUACUGGAAACCAAGUUGUCAUUCUAGAUGAAGGUGUUAUGAUAGGAGAAGGUGCGUUGUACAGCGAUGGAGUAACCCUUAACUUUACAGGAAAAACCUCGUUCAAAAACAACACAAACACGGCAUUGUCCUUGGAUGGUUCGAGGAUAAAGAUAAACGAUCAUGUGGAUUUUGUAAAUAAUAAAGGUUACAGAGGAGGGGCCAUAGCAAUGCGCGGCUAUUCUAAAAUAAUUUUCCGGAAGAAUUCAAACUUAUCUUUUUACAAUAAUUCCUGCGAACACAAGGGAGGAGCAUUGUACAUUGAAACUCCUGGAUCUCCAAUGGUGGCCUUUAACGCAACUGGUGUGAACUUUCAUAAUUGCUUUUUCGGAUAUGAAGGCAAAGACGACUUUCAAAACUGGGAAACAAAUGUACUUUUUAAAGGAAAUGAAGCAGUUGAUGAUAAAAAAGGAAACUCAGUAUAUGCAACAACUCUUCGGAACUGUCGACAGCCUGGUGAGUCUCGGAACAACAACACAGUGCUGAAAUGGAAAUUCAUCCAUUUCAAAACUUUAAAUGGUACGAAUUCCUCGAGAAAGAAAGAAGUUGCAACUGAUGCUGUUAAUAUUCAUUUCAAUCGAGCAGAUUGGGAAGUUGCUCCAGGAGAAGUGUUCAACGCAACGGUUGAGUUAGUGGACGAAAUAAACAACACCGUCGUUGGAAUUGUGGACAUUGAUAUCGAAAUUCCUCCAAAUGCAACACCAGUUAAACUUGGCACAACCUCUACGGUCUUCCUGGCUGACGGAAAUAUAUCUUCUCUAAGUCUGGCUGGAAAGAGCGGGAGUGUGUUCACGGUUGUUCUGCGGUACAUGGGAAGAGAACUAUUACAGCAUAAAAUAGCAAACGUGUUUUUGCGGGACUGCUACCCUGGCUUUUAUUAUGAGAAAACCCUAUGGAGUUGUGUUUGUAUGACGAACUCCUCUGGAAUAGCGGGCUGUGACUUACAUAAAAAGACUUUUUACUUGAAAUAUGGCUAUUGGGCAGGGAAAGUACAUGGUGAAUUCACAACACAUCUCUGCCCAGAUGGAUACUGUACCACUCUGAAGUCCAUUUCUCCAGCUGACUAUAUAUAUAACGGGACAGUGUGCAAAAAAGGCAGAAAUCAGACGAGCGUACUUUGUGGCAAAUGCAAGACUGAUUACAGUGUCAUGUUUGGAAGCGAACGGUGUUUACCCGGUUGCACCAAUCGAUGGCUAUGGAUGAUUAUUGUCUAUGUAAUGGCCCUUAUUGCAGUUACUUGCUUUGUGUUGUUGGUUAAUCCGAAUCUGUCAGGGGGACACCUAAAUGCUUGUUUGUACUCAUACCAAAUUAUGAAAACACUCACCCCAGAAGGGUUUACUUUCGAUCCUUUCAUUGAAUUUCUUAUUGCACUGACUAACAUUCAAGUUAAUGUUGGACAUGGCGUUUGUUUCGCUGCUGGUUUGAGCAAUGUUGACAAGUUAGCCAUAUCGGCUCUCUUUCCAAUCGCUGAAAUAAUUCUUAUAUUGCCUUUGUUAAACUGGGUUUUGAUUAAAACUUGGAGCAGAGGCUUGGACUGGCUAGUCGAUAGAAUGAGUGACAGAGAGCGUUGUCGUUAUGGUUGUUUCUGCAGAAACGCACUUGUGAGCUGGCUAGAGUUCUUUUCUGCUUCAUUCAGAAGACGCAUAGAGAAUGGGUUUGACCACGCCUACUGCACCAUAGUAGUAUUGUGCUAUGUCGACAUAACCAACAUUGCACUGCGUCUCUUGCAUUUCGUCCAAGUUGGUAAGCGGUGGGUGUUGUUUGAUGAUGGCAAUGUUGAAUUCAUUGACAGCGUUUGGCACGGUAUGUUCGUAACUGGCGCUAUUUUCAUUUUGCUGUUCGUCAUUUGUUUCACGUUGAGACUUGUCAUCUACCCAGAUAAGUCAAACUUACGACUAGAAACCUUGCAUGUUUGUUUUAAGCCUGGAUAUCGCUCUUUUGUGGCUUAUUACCUUGUUUGUCGACUGGUGCUGUUGGUAAUAAGCACUUUUAUGCCUACUGGUACUUUGAAAACCUCGUUGUUGCAGUUGUUUUGCAUGCUCUUUAUGUUUGCCGUCGCAACUAUGAGGCCUUACACAGAGAGGCACCGUGGUGGAAAUGGAGAAGAGGCUCCACGGGGAAGUAAAUUUACGGAAGGAAGAGAAGGCGUCAGUGAAACACCAGCCUUUGACCAAGAACUAAUCCGUGUAGGUGCGGGUGGCGACGAAGUGGUAGAAGCACAAACAAUGGCAACUCAGGGUAACUCCGGAGGAGAGCAGAAUUCAAGAAGAGGCUCGACAGGAGGUUCCCAACAAGUAGCAAAUCAUCACACUGCGCCUAAGAAUGAAGGAGAAGAGGCAGAGAGACCUAGUCACCAAGAAGAGGAAGGGGAUCAUAGAAAUACUGGUGAGGAGAAAAUGGAAAACCUGUACAUCAAUGAGUCUGACCUUGUGAUCUUAAUGACGCUGAGUGCCAUUGCAGUUUUAAGUAUUCUCUGCAUCGACACAGGACCCCAAACAGAAGUCUCUAAAACUAGAACAGAAGUCUCCAAAACUACUGUCAGGGGUUUCCAAUGGUGUGUUAGCAUUUUGGCAUACGUCCCUCUGGUAAUGGCUUUGCUUCCAUACAUCUUUUAUUUACGACGCCUACUACAGCGGUAUAGCCGCGAGAAAAAGCCGCAUCAUAUCCCUGAGCCACACGUACAGGUUGUAUCAUCUCUGCCACCUUCCCGUUUAACUGAGCGCCGCCCCGAAGAAAGAGAUGAUCUUUCAAGUGAGCGAACGCCACUUAUAGGAAACAGAGAAGAUGCAGAUUCUCACCAAAGUAGCAGAUUUUAUACAACGCCCUAGAGCCUUCCAGUACGUCAGAGUUGCCAGAGAUGAAUUGUACUUAGCUACGAAUCAUGAAGAAGCUGACGUCUCAGUGAUUUGAAAUAAAGAAGGACUGAAUAGCUUCUAACGUAGUUCAAAAACAAUCAUCACGGACCAAAAACAGUUUGACCUUUGACUCUUUAAUUUUGUACUAAUGCUUUUGUUAUUUUAGGAACCUUACAGUCCGUUUUUCUUUAAAAUAGUGAUUUCACGUUAAAAAAACUGAUACUUGAUCAGUAUUAUUUCAUUUGCAAUCAGCGAUCUAUUAAAGCAUGCGUGGCACAGUUAGAGAUAAACUUUUAUAUUGAGGUUAAGUAUUAAUUGUUUAUAUGUUGACGAGACUCUCCAGAACAUGCAUAAUAAGCUCUAGUGUAGUCGAUCAAAAAUUACGAUGAUUGAUUUGUAUCUGUAAUUAGCGGAACAUAUCAGUAGUUCAACCAGCAUUUAACAGGUUAGGUUAUGAUUAAGCAAGGAUUUUUUCUACAGCUGAAGGUAGUUUUUCCUUAUGUGGGAUCUGUGACUUUGUCGAUUACCAAAUUUCUACUUUAUUAAAACAAAUAUUUUCCCUUU